AUGCUCGCCAGCGUCUCGUCCCUCCUGGGCCAGUGUGCCCGCCGGGCGGCCUUCCAAGCCCCAGCGUUGUCUCAGCUGCGCUCCCUUGCGACCUCCUCUGCUCUCUGGCAGACGCCGUCGAGCGUCCCCAACUCGAAGGCAGGCGACGCGAGGAGGGAGAACUCGUUCAUCACCGAAUUGAAGUGGGCGGCGAUGCAGGAGCUCGUGAAGGUGCCGCAGACGACGAAGACGCCAGAGGAGAUCUGGGCGAGCUGGGAGGCCGAUCGGGUAGCCUACCUGCCGGAUCCCCCGACGGUCUGGAGCGGUCGCAGCAUCCCGGUUUCCCAUGACGGACGCAUGCCGUUCGCGCUCAUGUCCCGGAUGGUCCAAAGAGCCAGCCUGCGGAGAACCUGGCGCGACUCCAAGUUCCACGUGCGCGCGGGCGAGGCGAGAAACCGCAGGCGGAGCACGCACUGGAGGAAGCUGUUCGCGCACGAGGCUGCGUUCGCGGUGGACGCCGGGUACACGCCUCCCGUCGCAAUGUGCCAUAACGUUAUCGACGGCCGGCUGCACCUCACCUGCCAGCACUUCAUCCCCAUGUCCACCCGCCAGCAGGACUGUCUCCGGCCAAACUGCCUCUUCAGCAGGAACCACGCCCACCCAGUCGGCUGCCGGUCCACCUCGUGCGCGCGGAUGAUGCAGCAGCCCCAGCGGAACCCCAUCAGGAUCAGCGAGAGCAUCUGCGCGGACUGCAUCAUGCGCGGCGGGGGUCGAGGGGUCCUCGGCUGCACCUGA